AUGGCAGCAGCAUGUAUGGAACGAGUGAGCUUCCUCGGAACUGGGUCAGGAUCCGGGGAGGGAGGGAGGAGGGGGUUCUCCUCCCUGGUCCUCACUACCAAGAAGGGGUCCCUGGUCAUGGUGGACUGCGGCGAGGGGACGCAACUGCAGAUGAGGAGGACGUAUUUUCAAGGUCCUCCAGGAACAAAGUGCAUCCCAGCUCUGAAGAUGAGCAGAGUUCGCGCCGUUCUGAUCACACACCUCCAUGGCGACCACUGCUUCGGCCUCUUCGGGCUGCUGACCACCAUCAGUAUGCAGAGGAUGAGGAGGAGGCUCGUCCUGGUGGGGCCAACAGGGCUGGAGAAGCUGGUUACCUCUGUCCUCAGCGUCUCUGGGAACUCCGACGAGGAGCUCGCCCUGAGGUUCAUAGAGCUGGACCCGACGGUCCCGCAUGAGCUCGAGCUCGAGCUGGAGGGGGAGGAGGGGAAGGAGGGGCUCGCAGUGCACGCGACUCCUCUGCAACACAGCAUGCCUGCUCUGGGGUACAUCCUGCUGGAGAAGGAGCAGCCAAGAGAAUUGGACGCGAGGAAGGCGAUGGGGAUGGGAGCCAAGGGGAAGGAGCUGGGGCUGCUCAGGGCUGGGCAGGACGUGACGGUCAACGACAUGCUGAUCCGAAGUGAGGACGUGCUCCUUCCUGCGCCGCGGAGGAGAAUGAUUGCCGUCCUUCAAGACACGUGCGGGUCCGAGGAGGCGCUAGAGUUCCUGCGGCAGAGGAGGAGAGACUUCGACUUUCCCGUCCUCAUCCACGAGGCUACCCACGAGGCAGCCCUGCGCGAGCUGAGCCUGAGCUGGGGUCACUCGACCUCGGAGAUGGCAGGAGAGUUUGCGGGGCGUUGUGGGGCGCAGCAGCUGGUCUUGACGCACUUCUCGCCCCGAUACUCGUCCUGUCCCAUGAGGGAGUUUCUGCGAUCCGGCGGCGAGGAGGAGGAGGAGGAGGAGAAGAAGAAGCAAGGAGAGGAGGGGCAGCGGCGCUGCGGUGCAGGGAAGAAGGAGGGAGUUUCGGCGUGCUGUGCGCAGAGGAUUUGA